CCACCCUGCUCACACCCUCUCACGCGCAGGAUGGCCUCAUUACAGCGAACGGCGGUUGGCUCCCUGCGUACACUAUCUCGCAUACCACUCUCGCGGAGAUCUCUGGCUGGCUCACGCCUGAAGAGCACCACACCCGCAGCCGCCCAACCCCCAAUCCCUCUCGCCGGCAUCAUCUCCUACGAUGGACCAUCGGCAGCGCCAGUCACCAGUGCAAUGGAGCGAGACAACCCAGAUUACCACGUGGUGACAGAUUACAGGGUGUCCAACUUCUCCCCGAUUCCCAUCCGAGUCAUGGACGGCAGCGAGGCUGGCGAGACCUUGCCAGCAGCGGUACUUUCAGGCGCGCCUAUCGAGCUACAAGCACGUACGGUCCGAAUCUUCCGCCAAGCCAAACCGGCGACGCAGUCGGGCGACUGGCACAGCCAUCAUUGGCGCAUGGACUGGGAUCCGCUAGGCAAAGGGCAUCGAUGGGAGAACCCGCUGAUGGGGUGGCAGUCGAGCGCGGAUUUCAUGCAAGGCACGCAUCUGAGCUUCAAGUCGAAGGAUGAUGCCAUUCGCUUUGCCAACAAGCAGGGCUACGAAUACUUUGUGCAAGAGCCGAAUGAGCGGAAAUUUGUUCCGAAGGCGUACGCGGAUCAGUUUGUGCAUAUUGCGAAGCCGUUGAAGGAGAUACGGACGAAGUAGGGGAGGGACGAGUCUGUGUACAUAUCGACCAUGCGAGCGGUAUUUGAUUGUCUUAGGCUUCAGCACGAGGAGAUUCCCACCAUCCAAGGUAGGUGUCAUUGGUCAGAUCAUAGUCAGGAGAUACUCUCUCCAGACAGAUCUCCAGAAGCUCGAUGUGCAUAUAACCGGCGGCGCCAUAUCGGCAAGCCAUCGAUCGUGAGCAGACGAUGCAACCUGGACAGUUCUUUUUGCGACCCGCAGUUGAUCCGCAUACACCCAAGGCCUCGGAGCCCUGGCUAAGUACGUAGACGCAGGGCCGUGAACCGCAUUGGAGAUCAAUGUAGGAGCGUGGAACGAUUCCGCGGGCGAGAAGAAGCCGGGGAGAUGUACCG